AUGUCAAUGGGCGUGGCCAAGCAGCAGCAGCAACAGCAGCAACAGGUACAACAGCAGCAGCAAAAUACCAAUCCAUUCAUUGACGACCAGACCGGCCUGCCAAUGCCAAGCAUGAACAACAGCGGGCCACACUUUAGUCAGCAGCCCCCUCUUCCCCAACAGCACAUUAACAGUAUACUGUCGCCUACGGUAUCACCGUCGCCAUCACCAGUGCUGACAAACACGCCACACAACAUCGUUGUUCCUCCAGCCAACUACAGCAACCUGAACAAUGGAUACCAUGUAAUCUCGCCCUCACCGUCUCCCAUGCCCUACCAACAGAACCCGCCAAUACCCUCUAUCAACCCCUUCAACAACGCUGCCGCCGCCGCUCUACAGCAUCCCAAGCCACAACAUCCAAAUGGACAAUACCUGACGCAGCAGCAACAGCAACAAGUACAGCAGCAACAGCAACAACAGUAUUUACAGCAACAAGCACAAGCACAAGCCCAAGCCCAAGCCCAAGCUCAGGCUCAGGCUCAAGCACAGGCCCAGGCCCAAGCUCAGGCCCAGCAAUACCAAAUUCCACUUUCUUCAUCAGCACCUGUACAACCACCGCACCAUUCACCUAUUCCAAUACAACCGCAGGCUCACUCGCAGUAUCUGCCUCAGCAACAGUCACAACAACAAUGGAUGCCAUUCCAGAGUGCGCCAAUGCCAGUCCAGCAACAGCAACAACAGCAACCAAUCCAGCCACUGCAGCAGGCUCAGCCACUGAAUCUGCAGCAGUCGCAGGCACAGGUGCCAAACUCGCAGGUGAAUCCACAGGCCACACCUCAGACCGAGGAGGAGCAGAGUGUGUCGGACAUUAUCAACCUGAAGAAGCUCUACGACUUGGGCAUGAUGGACAAGGAGGAGUUUGAGCACCGACGACGACAGAUCGUGGACAACAUCACUAAGACGACUUCGCCGCUCAUCCAGCAGCCCGCUCAGACACCAGUCCAAUCGCAAGUGCAGUCCGCCCCAGCGGUCGUCCAGGCCCCACCAUCCGCGGCACCACCCGUCAAUACCGUGCCCGACCAGCGUCUGACUGGCACCGAGCGUGUGAUCAGACAUAGGUUCGACGCCAAGCUGGGCAAGUGGGUCCAGACCGCCACCAUUGUCAUCACCGAGCAGACGCCAUUCGCCGAGGGUGCCAUGAGAAAGGCCUUCCGCAUGAAGGACCUCUCUGCUGAGGGACCCACAUCGCAGAUGGUCGCAAAGUUGUUUAGAGACACGAAUGAGGACCGCAUGGUCUACUUCAAGGAUGUCGAGAUGCAGACAUACGCACGAGAGAUUGCCGAGCGAUUCAACGCACGCAACCCGCCCAAGAAGAUCGACUUUGUGCCAGCGUUCGUGAUGGAGCUGAUCGAGCGACAGGGCAAGCCGUUCUGCGCGGUCGAGUACUUCAUCGAGGGCAAGUACGAGAAGCACAACAACAACUUUGGCUUCAAGAACGAGUGCGACAGGAACACGCCACAGGCAUUCAGUCACUUCUCCUACGAGGACUCUGGCUGCCAGUUGAUCGUGGUCGACAUCCAGGGAGUUGCCGACGUCUACACCGACCCACAGAUCCAUUCGUCGGACGGCCAAGGCUUUGGCAAGGGCAACCUUGGCAUUGAGGGCAUCAAACGAUUCUUCUCCACACAUCAGUGCAACGCCAUCUGUCACCAUCUGGGUCUGAGCUCCGUCAAUCCCAAGCCACUGAGUGAAGAGUCUGGCACUGUGCCUCGUCCUCCCAGCCAAUCAUACGUGCAUCCAUCAUUUAUAUACCCACCGAAUCUGCAACAGUCGUUUAAUGUUCACUUCCCGCCAUUGAAUCCACAACCACAACAUCAAUCACAACAACAACAGCAACAACAGCAACAACAAGUUCCACAACAACAACAACAACAAGUGCAAGCACAACCACAGGCAGCAUCAAGCAGUCAUAUUCCUCCACAAACUCCACUGCCACCAGUACCACAGAAAGAGAAGCCAAAGAUCGAAGCCAUUGGUGAUAUCAUCAGGAAGAUUAUAUCCUAA